AUGUAUACUAAUAUGAUACCUGAUUCAACUGUUGCCACGCAAAGUACAAUAAAAAGUAUUCAAGGACCAUGUGGUAAUAGUAUAUAUGAAUGUUUAUUACCAUUGAAUGAUCUCUCAUCAAUAAUAAUUCCACAUGUAAAUGAAGAACAAUUAACUGUUGAACAACUUUAUUCAACAAGAAAUGGAUCUUAUGGAACAGUUUAUCGUGGUUAUCUUUCUUUUUAUUAUGUCAAUGAUAAACUUAAAUCAAUUCUCAUUAAAACUUUAACAACAAAUGAUACAAAUCAAAAAGAAUUAUUUGAUAACGAACAUAAAUUACUUCGACAUCUUAAUCAUCCAAAUUUAGUUCAAUUUUAUGGUUAUACAUUACAACAAAAUUAUGCCAUUAUUGAACAUAGUGAGUUAAAUGAUUUACAUACAUUUUUAUCAACAACACAAAAUAUUUCAAAAAAUAUUCGUCUUUAUAUGAUUACACAAUUAUCUAAUGCACUUUAUUAUCUUGAAUCUCAACAUAUAAUUCAUCGUGAUAUAGCUGCACGAAAUUGUUUAAUUUAUCGAAAUUUUAAAAUAAAAUUAACAAAUACAGCAAUUAUAUCGGAACAAUUUGAAAGUCAUUAUUAUAAAAUCAAUGAUAUUCAAUUACCUAUUCGUUGGAUGCCACCAGAAUGUUUUAUAAAUAAUCAAUUUACAUCUCAAUCUGAUAUAUGGUCAUUUGGUAUAACACUUUGGGAAGUUAUGACAAAUUGUUUAACAUUACCAUAUAGUUUAUUAAGUGAUGAUGAAGUUUAUCAGAGAUUACAAACAUCUGUUGGUUUACAGUUAUCGAAACCGGAAUGUUUAUGUAAAGAACUUAUUGAUUUAAUGCUUGAAUGUUGGCG